AUGGAUAAAGUUCCGUACCUAAGACUACAAGAAGAAGGGAGUAUUUUAGCUCCUAGGCCAAGCAUACUUUUGCCCCACUUGCAAGAAUCAGAAAAAAAAUUCUUCGAACUUGUUGCUUCAGGAGAUGUUUUAGCUGUGAAAGACUAUUUGGAGAAAAAUCCUGGCUUCAAUGUUAAUUGCGUAAAUUUUCAAGGGGUUUCGGCCCUUCUAAUAGCCGUCCAAAACCAUAUGGAGCCUAUGGUUGAAUUUCUAUUAGGACAACCUGCGAUCGAUAUCGGAGACUGUAUUUUACAUGCAGUGAAAGACAAUCAACGCAAAAUAUUGGAAGCUUUAUUGCAAAAAAUUACCGAAAUAGCUCCCAGCUUAGAAUUUGUUGGGGUAACGCAUAGCACAGAUUUUCCGGAUUAUGUUACUCCUCUUAUACUUGCCGCACAAUGUGGACAUUACGAAGUUAUAGAACUUCUAAUUCAAAGAGGCCAUACUAUAAGCAAACCGCAUCCGCCAAGCUGUAGAUGUUCAGAUUGUAGAAUCCAUUUAGAAAGAGACGAUUUAUUGCACGCUGAAAGUUUGAGAUUGAAUUUAUAUCGAGCAGUAUCAAAUCCUGCCUACAUUUGUCAUUCAACGCAUGAUCCAAUUUUAGCAGCCUUUUCGUUGUGCAGAGAAUUGAUAGAAUGCUCGAGUAUGGUGCCAGAAUUCAGAGUUGCGUACAGUGAGCUUUCAAUGGAAAUUAGCAAUUUUGCUGUGGAAUUGAUUGCUUGUUGUAGGAGCACUACGGAGAUGGAGUUGAUACUUAGACAACCUUCCGGAAUGAGUUCGCAAAUCUACAGCCUCCCAAGGCUAGCUCUAGCCAUGGACUACAAGCAAAAAACCUUUGUAGCCCACCCGAACACGCAGCAAAUCGUCGAGGCCACAUGGUGCGGAGAUUGGCACCAAUACAAACUGAAAUCCACUCUGCUCACUUAUUUGAUUCCAAUAAUCCGGAUUUUUGCAUUGCCAAUUAUAGCUAUAAUGUGUCUGGCAGCUCCAAAUCAUUCCAUGACCAAACAUUGGAGCAUUCCCUUGAACAAAAUGAUCAGCCAUAUAGCGGCCUAUCUGGUAUUCUUGAUUGUCAUAUUCUUAGAAUCGAAUAUUGAUAAAACGGGUCAAAAACGAAAACCGCCCAAUUCUGGCUUGGAAAUAUUAAUUAUGAUAUUUGUGGCUGGUAAUAUUUGGAGUAGCCUGAGAAUGCUUUUACUGACAGGUCCUAAAGCCUAUUUUAAAAAGCUUUGGAAUUGGCACGCUACUGUUAAUAAUUCUCUGUUUUUGCUCACAUUUCUAUUUUGGCUUGCCUCAUAUUACGAUGCUAAAAACAACGAUCAAACUGAUUUAGAGAGAAAAUAUUGGCACCAUUUAGACCCUAUACUGAUAGCCGAAGGCACUUUUGCUGUCGCAGUAAUCAUGGCUUAUUUCAAAUUAAUGUUUUUCUGCAGACUAAACUAUUAUCUGGGGCCAUUGCAAAUAUCUUUAGGCAAAAUGUGUGCAGACAUGGCUAAAUAUUUCACUAUAUUCACCCUAAUAAUUUUAUCGUUUAGUGCUGGCUUGUGUCGGUUUUAUCAGUAUUAUGAUGGCAUGGUGCAAGUGGAUGAAAAUGAAAUGAAAACUCAACAGGUCUCAUCAUUCGUAGAUUUUUCUUCCACACUGAAAACAUUUUUUUGGGCCAUACUUUGCAUGGCUCCUCUUGAAAGUGCUGAUGUUGUAAUAGAAAAUUUACCAGGAGAAACUCCCAAGUCAACAAUAAUUAACGAGCACACCUUUACAGAAGCAAUAGGAUAUAUUUGUUUCGCCCUAUUUGAAGUACUUAUAGUCAUUAUGAUCCUAAACAUGCUUAUAGCAACAAUGUCCUCGACCUUUCAAAGAGUUUUAGAUAAUUUGGACGUAGAAUGGACUUUUGGAAAAACAGAUUUUUAUAUGGAAUACAUGCUCCAAACAACCACACCGUCACCCUUCAAUUUAAUACCAACACCAGCAGGGGCAACUAUGUUUAUGGAAAUGAUGAACGGAACUAGAACUGCGGGAAACACGGAAAUGGAAGGUGGCUGUUGUCAGAGAAAACAAAGCGGUUUGAAACCAAAAACUAAAGAGUUCAAUGAGAAGGAAUAUCCUGCUUUAAUGUCCUCAUUGGUGCAGAGAUAUUUCAGGGAAAAAGAUGAGGCAAAUCAAGCUGCUAGUGAGAUGGAUUUGUUAAGGCAGGAGAUUCACGAAUUGAAGGCUUUGCUUAAUGAUAUAAUAGCAGAGAAAGAAGAAUAAAUGUAUACUUUCUUGAUAAGUCAAGGGGCGAAAGACAAUAAGAAGAUCAAUACUAAAAGUCAAUCAAUUGUUCCUUUGAUUUAGUCGGUGAAUUAUUUUAUUAUAUUUUUAUUUACUCAAGUAAAUUUGAUUUUUAUUAUCUUAAAGUAUAGCUUACCGGUAUAGUCAUUCCCCCUUUUGU